AUGACCUCUGAAGGAGUUUCGGGAAAUGAGAUACUUUACCACCCCGACCGGAGGCUCCAUCCGAAAGCUCAUAUACCCGACAUCGAAACGUACAAACGGAUGCACAAAAAAUCAGUUGAAAACCCAGAAGAAUUCUGGGGUGAGCUUGUGCAAGAGUUUUACUGGAACAGCCCUCCCACAGGUGCAAUCCUAGAUUACAAUUUUGAUGUGACAAAGGGGAACGUGUAUGUGAAUUUCAUGAAGGGAGCAACCACAAACAUCUGCUACAAUCUUCUGGAUAGAAAAACACAAGAAACUGAUCAGGGAGAGAAAAUAGCUUAUUACUGGGAAGGGAAUGAACCUCAUGACUGCUCCGCCAUCACCUACUCCCAGCUCUUAACUGAAGUCUGCAAGUUUGCCAAUGUCCUGCGGAGUUUAGGUGUGCAGAAAGGAGACAGAGUUGCCAUAUAUUUACCAGUGAUCCCAGAACUGAUAUACGCAAUGCUGGCCUGUGCAAGAAUAGGAGUUGUCCACUCUAUCGUGUUUGCAGGUUUCUCAGCUGAAUCUCUGUGUGACAGAAUAUUAGAUUCCCAAUGCAUAUUACUGGUUACUGCAGAUGGUUUUUACAGAGGAGAGAAGCUGAUCAACCUAAAACAGAUCGCAGAUGCUGCGUUGGAGAAGUGUAAAUGCAAAAAGGGUUUUGUUGUGAAAAGGUGCAUUGUGGUUCAACACCUUGGCAACAAGCUAAGGAAGAGCCAGGGAAAAGCCCACUGUAACAUAUUGCAGCUAUUCUGGAACUCUGAGACUGAUAUGUGCUGGGAAUUUCUAAUGAAGAACGCCAGUGAGCAGUGUGAGCCAGAAUGGGUCGAUGCUGAACAUCCUCUUUUCAUUCUCUAUACCAGUGGGUCUACUGGGAAGCCCAAGGGUGUACUGCACACUGUGGCAGGCUACUUAAUUUACACAGCCAUCAGUUUUAAAUACAUCUUUGACUAUCACGAUAAUGAUGUGUACUGGUGCACGGCAGACAUUGGAUGGAUUACUGGACACUCAUAUGUCACCUAUGGACCACUGGCAAAUGGUGCAACAAGUGUACUUUUUGAGGGUCUGCUGCUUUAUCCACAUGUGGGGAGGUUGUACGAAAUAAUUGAAAAGUACAAAGUGACGAAGCUCUACACGGCACCCACUGUCAUUAGAAUGCUGAUGAAGUUCGGCGAGGGACCUGUGAGAAAGUUCAACCUCAAGUCUUUGAAGAUUUUGGGCUGUGCUGGAGAACCCAUUAACCCUGAAGCUUGGACAUGGUAUUAUAACGUCAUUGGCAAUGGGCAGUGUCCCAUCAUGGACACCUUUUGGCAGACUGAAACGGGUGGCCCAAUGAUGACACCACUGCCGGCUGUAACCCCGUUGAAACCAGGAUCUGCUACAUUCCCCUUCUUUGGGGUGCUCCCUGCCGUUCUGAAUGAACAUGGUGAGGAGUUGCAGGCAGAAGGUGAAGGAUACUUGGCAUUCAAGCAGCCAUGGCCAUCCAUACUACGCACAGUGUACGGAGACAAUGAACGUUUUGAGACAACUUACUUCAAACAGUUCCCGGGAUUUUACCUGACUGGAGACAGUUGCAGGAGAGAUGGAGACGGCUAUUACUGGAUCACUGGAAGGGUAGACGAUAUGCUCAAUGUCUCAGGUCAUCUGCUGAGCAGCGCUGAGGUGGAAUCAGCCCUGUCAGAACACAGUGCAGUGGCAGAGGUUGCUGUAGUAAGCCAUCCACACCCCGUGAAAGGUGAAUGUAUCUACUGUUUUGUCACACUGAAGGAUGGAAAGGAAUUGACCAAGUCCAUUUCAGAUGAACUGAAAAGCAAAGUGCGGCAAAAGAUUGGACCAAUUGCCACACCUGACUUCAUACAGAAUGCACCUGGGCUCCCAAAAACCCGUUCAGGUAAAAUAAUGAGACGCAUUCUGAGACGUAUUGCUUGCAAUGAGAAGGAACUGGGUGAUGUUUCCACUCUUAUUGAUCCAACAGUGGUGGAUGUCCUCUUCAGCCAGAGAGGUCAAGCAGCUGCUUAAAGUGAUGUACGGCCUUGUCCAAGACUCAGCUCCAGUAAAAAGCCACAUUUAAAACAGGGCCAGUGACUGUAUUUACACAAAUCUUCUCGCUAGAUUGUCCACAUUAAAGUAUGCUUUCUCAUGAAGAAAUUCCUUUGUAUAAAUGGCCUUACAAUGAAUAAUUACUUUCCUAAGAAAUUCCAGAGUAUGACAUCCCUAUUCAAACUGGCAUAUUAUUGUUCACUUUUGCAUGAGAAUUUCCUCACAUUAACAUCUACUAGUUUGAACUUACACCUUUUUUCCUGUUUGCACAAUAAAGAUGUGACAUGGAGGCAUAUGCAUCUUGAAUCCAAGCAAAAACCAGGGUCAUUAGGAAGAGAAAACAAUGGAUGAGAAAAAUACCAAAUAGUCAUAGUUUCAUGCUGAACAUUGCUUGUCUAUUUAUAUUUCUGAGAUUGAUUAAAGCAGGGAAACCUUAGGAUUUCACACACCCUUCCUAAACAUCUCCAUCUAUUUACUACUCUCUCCUCUUUGACACUAAAUAUAAUACCCGUCACUCUGGUCUGAAUAUUUACAGCAUUUUCUGUUUUUGUCUCUGGCCAGGGUUUGC